AUGAUCUUUAAUAUAACUAGUCCAUCAAAAAUCCCAAUGUUGUUCUUGCCCUUAAUAUUGGGUCUUUCCAAGCUCGUCGUGGGUGCCAGUUCUUCUGAAGACACUACAACUGUUACCGUGACAGUUACUCCCGUAGAAACUGCCUUCACCACUGUUAGUUCUAUUGCUAAUGUCGUCGAACAAGUGUAUGUUUUCACAGACUCAUCAAAUGGUUCACUUACUACCUUGACAACUCUGACAACUGAAUGGUUACCUUUGACUGCCACUGCCACCCUGCCAGUUUCAGCAACCAGUGAUUCAUCAUCUGAAGAAGUUUCCUCCGAAGCUACUUCCUCCUCCGCUACUGUUACAUCGUCAUCGUCAUCUGAAGCAGCCACUUCCUCCGCUGCAGGUGUAUCAUCAUCAUCAUCAUCAUCAUCCUCAACUGCAGCCACCACCUCGUCUACCUUUACUGGAAACUACUACUCCACUGGUUAUACUACUGCCACCGAAAACAUUAGUGGUUCCGACGUCGUGGUGGAGUACGUUGUGUUGUACACCAAUGCAUGUUAG